AGUGGGCGUGGAGCAGGGCGUCGCGUCCGUGCUUGCCUGCCUCUCUCCCUCCCUGCUGCGGCCGCCCCCUCCUGCGGUGGCGAGCCCGAGGGAAGAUGGCGAAGACCUACGACUAUCUGUUUAAGCUGCUGCUGAUCGGCGACUCUGGUGUGGGCAAGACUUGCCUGCUUUUUCGCUUCAGCGAGGACGCCUUCAACACCACCUUCAUCUCCACCAUCGGAAUUGACUUUAAAAUCAGAACAAUAGAAUUAGAUGGAAAGAAAAUCAAGCUACAGAUAUGGGAUACAGCAGGCCAGGAGAGAUUCCGCACAAUCACAACAGCUUACUACCGAGGUGCCAUGGGAAUUAUGCUGGUGUAUGACAUCACAAAUGAAAAGUCUUUUGACAACAUAAAAAACUGGAUAAGAAACAUAGAGGAGCAUGCCUCUUCAGAUGUAGAAAGAAUGAUCCUGGGUAACAAAUGUGAUAUGAAUGAAAAAAGACAAGUCUCAAAAGAAAAAGGGGAGAAGUUAGCAAUUGAUUAUGGAAUCAAGUUUUUGGAGACAAGUGCAAAAUCCAGCAUAAAUGUGGAAGAGGCAUUUUUCACACUUGCACGGGACAUUAUGACAAAGCUCAACAGAAAAAUGAAUGACAACAGUUCAUCAGGGGCAGGUGGGCCGGUAAAAAUAACAGAAAAUCGAUCUAAGAAGAGCAGCUUCUUUCGAUGCACGCUACUUUGAUGAACUUCUAAUGAUAGACUGCAGCACACUUAGAACCUUUUCUGCUUCUUUGAAAGCACAGGGUCACAAAGCCUCAGAAAUAAUACCACCAAGCUGCUGCUGAGAGCUCCAUUGAACGUAGACUGCGAUACACAAAAUACCGAGUGGAUUUUGCUCACUAAGCCUAUUGACCUGUCAGGCUCUUCUUUCUGAGAUAUGGAAGCUAUGAAGUGGAGACACAAAUGCAAGAGUUAACUGUUUUCCUGUUUUACUUUCUGUUUUACUGCCUGUUGCAAAAGCUGCUAUGUUUCUUUUAACUUUGCACAUCCAUAUUGGCCUCUUACUGCUUGUUACAGCACAAUCUUACAUUUGUAUUUGCACAGUUUGAUUUGUAAGUAGGAUUCUUAACAGAUUUGUGCAGGUUUUUUGUUCUCUUUUUGAACAAAUUUAUUUUCAAGCAGAAGAGCUAGGAUGAAAUAUUAAGUCUCACUUACAUUAUUUUCUAUACUGUAUACUUGUGGCCAUGACUGCAGUAUGGAUGUUGACACUCUAGUGAUAAGAAUCACUGUAACAAUUGGCAUCUAACAAUUUGUAUGGGUUUUGUCUUUUAGAUGCACAAAUCUGUUCAUGCAGAAGCUAUGGCUUCUAUUCUGAAUGUAGUAUGUUGCUUUGCUUUCUUUACCAGACUUAGCAAAGCUGCAUUCUGAAUUGCCUGUCACUGAUUCACAGAUGCACCUUUCAGUUAUUCGAACAAACACAAUGUCUUUCCUCACUGAACUUCCCGUCAGUAGCUCAGACUCUCUGCACCUUUGCUUGUUUGUGAUGAGGAAGUACACUCUGGAGGCUGAAUGAUUGACACAAAUUGGCCUCAUCACUAUCACUGAAGUGGCUGGUGGGAGCUGAAUGCGUGAGUUGUAAGUUAACGUCUUUGUGGGUUCAUUUGUUCAGAAAUGACUACUUCUAAAGGUGACUUCCAUUUCUACUGUAAUUCUGAGGAUAGUUUGUUAAUGUCUGUAAAUACCGACCCAUGCAACAAGGGUAUCAAAAAACUAGCUUCCUGUGCAGUUGCUGGAGUGUGUCAAGUUCUGGCACUAAGGAAAUGGUCAUGUGAGGGCUAUAAUGUACUACUAGUUAUGCAGCUAGUGCUGAAUGUGUGAAGCCCUCUUUGGUCUGCUCAAGCAGUUACUUUUUCAUCAAAAACUGGUACAGUGACCUAGACUGUUAGAAGCAGAGUUGAAACAUAGUUGCCUUUUUUUACUCAACUGAGCAUUGUAGAACUUAGUCUUGUUCUACUACUUUUUUAUUGUCUUCUGAAAAUUUUCCUCAAUGAGCAAUUGAAACAGGUGCUUUAGUUCUGUUGAUGUGCCAAACCUGGACCAUUGUAAGCUUUAACUACAAGUUUGUGUCCAGCAUGCUUGCCACUAGGGAAUAGAUGUGUUCUGUCAUUGUCAAUGUUUAUGUCUGAUGUGCUUGCUUUUGCUUCACUGCGUUGUCUAGAGUUGUGAACAGUGAGUUGGUUGUUAAUCAAAGAUAACCACUUGAUUUUUUUGGUGUCAGGUACUAAAUUUGUCAUCUCUGAGUGUUGUAAAUAUUUUGAAACUGAAUAGGCCAAUAGUGUUAAAAGACUUGAUUUUAAAAAGGUUUAACAUUAGUAGCUGGUUCCAUAAACUUUUAAGUGGUUAUCAACGUGGCCCCACGUGUAGUUUAAUAGAAAUAGUUACUCUAACUACAUGGCGAAUCCCAUAAACUGCUGUUGCUGAAUUAAACCAGAAAAGUCUUCAUGGCAACAAAGUUUAGUGAAAAAACAAAGCAACCCUAACUGCUCUGUUGUCUACCCUUGAUGUUCUUCUCGGACAGGCUAAAGCAGUUAUGUUUUCUGUAUGGUUAAAAAAAGUGCUUCUAUACAGAAAGUGUUGUGACACCAAUUACGAAUGUUGUUUAUUUUCACUAAUUUACCUCUGACUUAUUUGGUGUCGUAAUACUUUGGUUUUUAUCUCAGGGGUUGUCUGCAAACCAAAACUGACAUACUCUAUGUUUGGCAUCGUUUACAGAAUGCUUCGUGUUGUUUUUCUUGUCUUUGCUGUGUGAUUAAAUGUUCAUUCAAUAUUAGUCUCCAUGAACUUCCCUCUGAAAGAGCCUGUAAGUAGUAGAGUCUAUGAAAUGCUUCUUGAAGCAGCAGCGAAUUGGGGUAUCUACUCUGUAUGGGUGGGGGGUGGGAAGGGAGAAAAAAAAACCUUGCUAUUUUCUUACAUUUAGCUGUGCUAAUCUGUACAUAAAUGUGAGGUAAGACCAUAGGAAAGUCACUUUAUGCAUGAGAAAUAAUGCAGUAAAUAUUUCACUUUGCUUAAUGUUCAUGUAAAGUUCAUCUUUUUCUAUUUGUAGAAGAAUUUAAUGCAAUUUUGUUGUCCCCUGCUGAAACAGAAGAAUUCUAAUUUCAUGUGAUCUUAUGGAUAAGGUAAAAUGCAGAUUUCUCUUUCUUCGUCGUUUUCCCCUCACGCCUCUUUUCCAGCAGUAUUAAAUGGCUGAGUGGCUGCACUUUAUUGGUGUGCUAAGUUCUGGUCAGUGUAGACCUCUUCCUGUGUACAAUCUGCCUUGUCAGACAUUGAGCAAUGCGCUGUAUCUUAGUGUGCAAACGAGCUGUGUGUUUUUACUGGGAGUUUUUUUAGCUGUAUUUUCCAGGCAGGUGAUAAAUGGUGUGUUCUGCCCACGCAUCAGCUGCUGGGUGUUACAGGCUUUUCUAAUACCACUCUGAUUGUAUUGUGCCGCUUCUCUCUGUUGCUACUUUGCUCAAGACUAUAUAGUCUAGAUUUUGAAGGAAUUUUAACUAUACCUCAGCCAACUACUUAGUGUUCUAAUGCCCAUUAGACUGAAAACAUUAGACAUAAAGUUAUGAUUUGUUAAGCAGCAUAUGUGUUUCUCUUUUGUUCCAGAAAUUGCCAUUAACCUUUCAGGAAAGGCAGGCAUUUUUGGUGGAUCACAAUAUAAAAGUGCUGCUUGCGCAAUGGAGUUGUGUGAAAUCUUUCCCUCAGCCCCAUGGCUGUGUACUGCAUCUUGACCAAUAUUUUUCUAAAUGGCUUAAGAAAAAGGAGAGAGGAAAAAAAAAAGGGGGGGGGGGGAGGGGCAAUUAAAAAAAAAAUUCUAACAAAACUCAAACUGGGUGUCAGUGCUCUGCAGUUUUAGCUUUUGGUCUGCGCUCAGCAAAACACGUACAACAAGUUUUUGUUGAGUCUAUACAGAAUAGCUGAUUUACUUGCUGUCUGGAAGUUCUAGUAUUGCUAAAGCUUAAACCACUCAUGAAACUUAAUGCAACUCACUUUUCUGUUUGGGAAACAGUCUCAAAACUGCCAAUUUCAGACCUGUAGUUCUUUCACAGAAAUCAUUUCCCAUUGUAAGUACCUAUCCCAUGCUAGUCUGUUGAAGUCAAGUGAAUUAAGUAGAUCAUUUUCACAAGUGAGUAAAGGAGUCUUGAAUAUACAUAUCACAUUAAAAUAUUGUGAGUGGAUAAUGAUUUGAAAGUACAUUAGUAGUGUGUAAAAUGCAUAAACGUGUUAUUUGUGAAAAUGCAUCUGUUAUUUGGUUAUCAAUUAAUGUAACUGAAAUUUUGCAAUGUUAAACUUCUUAAGGAUUGGUCUGUAGGUGAUAAUAGGUCUUUUUUCUCCUCACUGAAUUGCUUAUGCCAUUCUCAGUUGUAUAAAUAAAACUUGCAUUUCUUUCUUCCACGAAAGCAGGAUUCCCAUUGAUUUUUCUUGAUUCUGGUGAAUUUUAAGUAUUUUAGUGCAUUCCUAUGGCCUUACAAACAUUUUUGCAAAUAAAACUUCAAUUACAGUUAUUUUAAUGUUAUAUAGCUACUAAAUUCAGAAUAAAAAGUAUAGUCUGUGAGAAAAUGCUUAAUUUUGAAAUAGAAGUGUUCUACUGUGUGUGUUUUAAGCACAUUUUAUCUCUGGUAUAAAGGUGUAAUGUGAAAAGCUCCAGCAGAUAAAAGUGAACUCGUCAUGUGGUUAACUUGUAAACCUAAUCAUUAAUUCUGUGUUGAUGUGUAUAGACAAAAACCCAGACCCAACCCCUAAAAAAACCCCUUCAUACUCCCAAUGGUUUUAUUAUUACAUGUGAACUUUUUUACAACGUGUGUCUCAAAUAAAAGUUACAUAAUGAAAAGUA